CAAUACUGAAAUUAUCUUGUUUGUUGAGGCACUUGCUUAUUACCUGUCUCUCCCUAUGAGAAUUUUGCUCUUUGAGGGUCAGAACCUUUAGAAUGUUUAGAAUAGUGUUUAGCAUGGUGCCUGACACACACUAGACAUUACUAAAUAUUUUUUGAAUGAAGAGUGAGUUAAUAAAUGAACUGUGCUGGGUUCUGAAUGCUUCAUAUGUUUAAAGAAGAAAGAUUGCUGAGGACUCUCAGCCAAGGAAAGAGUUUUAUCCAAAAGGAAUUACUCAAGGUGAUGAGGACGAUUGAUGACAGAAUAGUACAUGAAUUAAACACUACGGUUCCAACAGCUUCCUUUGCAGGGAAAAUUGAUGCAAGCCAAACCUGUAAACAACUUUAUGAGUCUUUGAUGGAAGCUCAUGCCAGCAGGGACAGAGUCAUAAAAAAUUGUAUAGCUCAGACCUCAGCAGUAGUAAAACACCUCCGAGAAGAGAGAGAAAAGAAUUUGGAUGAUUUAACGUUAUUAAAGCAACUUAGGAAAGAACAGACAAAGUUGAAAUGGAUGCAGUCAGAAUUGAAUGUUGAAGAAGUUGUAAAUGACAGGAGCUGGAAGGUGUUCAAUGAACGCUGCCGAAUUCACUUCAAGCCUCCAAAGAAUGAAUAAAAAGAUACUUUUUUAUAAAAGGACCGGGACAUCUCAUAAGAGCUAAGCAUGACAGAUAUCAACAAGGUGGGCUUCCUAGGAUGAUUUCUGAGCCAACAGUCCAAGACCUUUUGUUGAUUUCAGCCCCACUUAGCCAAGACCUUAAGUACAAAUAAUUCUGAUAAUUAUGGAAAAAUCAACUGCUAUUUUAUACUGAUUCUGUAAAAAAAAAAAAAAAUGUUUUGUAACUAUUAAAAUAAUUUUCUGACUCAGUGUA